GUGCCUAUAGACAUAUGCGUAACAAAAUACAGGUAUAACAUCGAAUUUUUCUUCAAUUUCUGCGGACCUUGUCAGUUGGCGAAUUACGUUCAUAAUCAUUGCUGUGUAAUUGGAUCAACAUCUUAAAAUGUGCUGUGUUUCCUGUCAUUUUGUUAUCGAAAGAUGAUUGUUGUGUUUGAAAACAAAACCUAAUACCACCACAAUGAAUGAAGAAAGAGAAAUCAGACCUCGACCAUUAUUCCAAGAGCAGCUCUACUACACUAGGGGUCAAGCUUUUGUUCCUAAAAGGAGAAAAAUUACACUGAAGGAAAAGAAGGUGGGAGAUUCCUUUUCUUUUUUCAGGCUUGCUGAUGUUCUGUUUCAACCAGAAGAGUUAUGUUUUUUGGAGAAAGAUGAACUUGAGAUUAAAGUUCCAAGUCCUGUUCAGCACUUUUGUGGAACUGUCAGAAAACAAUGGCAGCGCAAGCGUUUCCAUUCCCUGUGUGUUUUGACUUAUGAUAUUCAGGAAAAGACUUCAACUGUUCAGAGGUUUUAUGAAGAAUCCAGCUCUGGAGAAAUUUGCCUCAAGAAAAUAACAACACUGAAAAAAAACCUUGAAUCAAUUUUAGGGCCAUGCUUUUCUUGGUUUGUGGACUCUGUGGAAGGUGAAGGAUUUGGAAAUUCAGAAAAAUUAAGACUUUUGCUCACAUCACAAAACCUUUGUAUAGUGGAUCAAAAACUGCAGAUUCUCUACUUCCAUCAAAUACAUAGAAACAACCCAGAUAUCACAGUGACUUACAACGAUGAGAGCAAAGUGCUAGAAAUGAACUUCAAGCAGAUGUGUUUGUGGUCUAACAAUUUUCAUACGUCAGUUUGUAUAAGAGUGCGGACAGGGCUUGGUGAGGAAAUCAAGAGUAAGUUGGAGGGAAUUUCUCUUGGAAGGCUGCCAGCCACAAGGCGUGUCCUCAACUGGAUCAUUGACACUCUUGGAAUACCUAGCAAUGAAGAAGAUCUGGAAAUCUGUGAAGAUGACAUUUCUCCACCAUUGCCACAUCUUCCAAACAUACAUGUUACACUCCCCAAUCCAUGUCCAUUUAGAGGAGCAGUCGAGAAUGAGGACUGUACUCAAUCAGUCUGUAUUCCCAAACUUAUCCCUCCUCGAAGGACACCUUUGUUACGAGCAGAGAGUAUGAAUGACUUGUAUUUAACACCCACAGGGAAUUACAAAAGUCAUGUGUAUGUAAAUGAGGAAUAUCGUAAGGCUCACUCCAAGAGUGCACAUGAAGACGGAAGCUACUCUAGUAUAUACUACUGUAACACAGGUUGGAUACAGUGUCAAUAUCCCUCUAGUUUCUUCAGGAAUAGCCGACAUAGUCGACUAAGCUCGGAGUUUGGUGAUGUAGACUUUAUAGCUAUGAAAAAUCAUGAGCAGUGGUUUGAUAAGAGUUUCAAAAGACGAAGUAUGGACAAAGUUUACUCAAGACUUGACGAGAAUUCAACAAGAAUGAAAGAAGUUUGGAAUCCUCCUGAACACUGCCCUUUGAAUAUCCCCUUGGAUGACUGCCCUUUGAAUAUCCCCUUGGAUGAGCCGUCAUGUGGAAGGAGAGAUGAUGUGUACUGGAACACAGAAUUGUGUCUGUGUAUUCACGGAGCUUUCGAGUCCAAGCUAAGUAAGGCAGACCUGAUGAUAGCCUUAGAUGUGACGUGGGAACAACUUCUAGCUCUUUUCAUUCACCUUGACGUGAACACCUUCCAUAUUCAGGCCAGGGACUGGAAGGACUUUGCAGGAUUGCUCGACCUCACCUUGCGAGAUAUUGAAAUCAUCCAGCAUUUCUGCUACACCUAUCGCGAGUGGCCAAUGUUCAUCCUGCUGUCCUAUUGGAUGCUGUUGUCAAGAAAGCCAGGUGGGGCACUGCCUUUAUGCUGUCACACAGAGCUCAGAUAUAUAUUGGAAAGACUGGGGCGACAGGAUUUACUGAAAUUUCUCACCACCAGAAACACCAACGAACACAUUCAACUGGCACAGGAAAAUGAAGACACUCCUUUUUAGCACUGUAAUGAUCAACAAAUCAUGACCAGCAAAGUUAAUAUUGUAUAUUAUGAAAUAUUUCUUUAUUUCAUUUUCGACAAAAAUGAAUAUUAAACAAGCUUGGGUACAAUUAUAUUCUCGACUUUGAGGAACAGUUGGUGUAACGAGAAUGAUUAGUAUAUGUCUCGCAUGCCCAUCUUAAUGUCUCAAAGUCCAAUCAUCGAAAAAACUGUAAGGGAUGGCCUUGAACAGAUAUUAGUAUACUCCAGGUUUGGUUAUGACAGCACAUGUACUUAGACAUUAAUUUCAACCUUAUGCUAAACAGAAAAAAACUUUUAUUAACAGUAAACUGUAGAUGAAAUUCAGAAUCUGAAAUGUGUGUUAGGAUGUCCAUGGAUGUAUAGAUAUCAGUAUAAAUGUGUGUUAGGAUGUCCAUGGAUGUAUAGAUAUCAGUAUAAAUGUGUGUUAGGAUGUCCAUGGAUGUAUAGAUAUCAGUAUAAAUGUGUGUUAGGAUGUCCAUGGAUGUAUAGAUAUAAGUAUAAAUGUGUGUUAGGAUGUCCAUGGAUGUAUAGAUAUCAGUAUAAAUGUGUGUUAGGAUGUCCAUGGAUGUAUAGAUAUCAGUAUAAAUGUGUGUUAGGAUGUCCAUGGAUGUAUAGAUAUAAGUAUAAUGUGUGUUAGGAUGUCCAUGGAUGUGUAGAUAUCAGUAUAAAUGUAUGUUAGGAUGUCCAUGGAUGUAUAGAUAUCAGUAUAAAUGUGUGUUAGGAUGUCCAUGGAUGUAUAGAUAUCAGUAUAAAUGUGUGUUAGGAUGUCCAUGGAUGUAUAGAUAUCAGUAUAAAUGUGUGUUAGGAUGUCCAUGGAUGUAUAGAUAUCAGUAUAAAUGUGUGUUAGGAUGUCCAUGGAUGUAUAGAUAUCAGUAUAAAUGUGUGUUAAGAUGUCCAUGGAUGUGUAGAUAUAAGUAUAAAUGUGUGUUAGAAUGUACAUGGAUGUAUAGAUAUCAGUAUAAAUGUGUGUUAGGAUUUCCAUGGAUGUGUAGAUAUAAGUAUAAAUGUGUGUUAGGAUGUCCAUGGAUGUAUAGAUAUCAGUAUAAAUGUGUGUUAGGAUGUCCAUGGAUGUAUAGAUAUCAGUAUAAAUGUGUGUUAGGAUGCUCAUGGAUUUAUAGAUAUCAGUAUAAAUGUGUGUUAGGAUGUCCAUGGAUGUGUAGAUAUAAGUAUAAAUGUGUGUAAGGAUGUCCAUGGAUGUAUAGAUAUCAGUAUAAAUGUAUGUUAGGAUGUCCAUGGAUGUGUAGAUAUAAGUAUAAAUGUCCAUGGAUGUGUAGAUAUAAGUAUAAAUGUGUGUUAGGAUGCCCAUGGAUGUAUAGAUAUCAGUAUAAAUGUAUGUUAGGAUGUCCAUGGAUGUGUAGAUAUCAGUAUAAAUGUGUGUUAGGAUGUCCAUGGAUGUAUAGAUAUAAGUAUAAAUGUGUGUUAGGAUGUCCAUGGAUGUAUAGAUAUCAGUAUAAAUGUGUGUUAGGAUGUCCAUGGAUGUGUAGAUAUCAGUAUAAAUGUGUGUUAGGAUGUCCAUGGAUGUAUAGAUAUAAGUAUAAAUGUGUGUUAGGAUGCCCAUGGAUGUAUAGAUAUCAGUAUAAAUGUGUGUUAGGAUGUCCAUGGAUGUAUAGAUAUCAGUUUAAAUGUGUGUUAGGAUGCCCAUGGAUGUAUAGAUAUCAGUAUAAAUGUGUGUUAGGAUGCCCAUGGAUGUAUAGAUAUAAGUAUUAAUGUGUGUUAGGAUGUCCAUGGAUGUGUAGAUAUCAGUAUAAAUGUGUGUUAGGAUGUCCAUGGAUGUGUAGAUAUAAGUAUAAAUGUGUGUAAGGAUGUCCAUGGAUGUAUAGAUAUAAGUAUAAAUGUGUGUUAUGAUGCCUAUUGAUGCACAGGUAUAAGUAUAAAUGCGUUACACAAUCAAAUCGACUGUCAGUUAUAGUUUAAAAUCAUAAUAGAAACAAUGUCAUGUCCUGAGGUCAAUUGCAUAUACAUAUAAAACAGGUUUGGUUAUAAUCACGUGUUAUAUUACUGAACAUCUUGGAGUUUAACCCAAAUGUUGACACCAUCACACCGAAAAGAUAAGUGAUGUUUCACUCCACGAAUCUGUAACACACGAGACAAAACUCAUGAUAUCAAACCACAAGGACUUUUCACAAAUAACAAACUCCAUGUCCAUUAUAUGUAUCAAGGGUAGUAAUUUUAAAGAAGUGAACUUAAAUUACUGUCUGAUAAUGGUGAUACAGAUGGACAGAAUGAUCUUCCAAAGAAUUUCUCAGAUAAUGAUAUUGGUUCGUAUAAUGUUAAUCAAUGGUGCUCUUGUUGAGAUGUGACGAACCACCGUUGUGUUAUCUGCAGUUCUGCACUGUCCAUCUUCCACUUUGUUUAUUAGUCUUGCUGUCAAAUAGAAGCUAAUGUAAGUUAUAUAUACCUAAGAGUUUUAAAAGCUUUCUGAAGAGCCUGAUUUAAUUAGCCCAUCAGGUUUUACUGCCAUACAAUACAGAGUGGCUGCCCCUGACAGGAUUUACUGCCACACAAUACAGGGUGGCUGCCCCUGACAGGUUUUAUUGGUAUACAAUACAGGGUGGCUGUCCCUGACAGGAUUUAUUGGUAUACAAUACAGGGUGGCUGUCCCUGACAGGAUUUACUGCCACACAAUACAGGGUGGCUGCCCCCGACAGGAUUUACUGCCACACAAUACAGGGUGGCUGCCCCUAACAGGUUUUAUUGGUAUACAAUACAGGGUGGCUGCCCCUAACAGGUUUUAUUGGUAUACAAUACAGGGUGGCUGCCAUCGACAGGUUUUAUUUUUUAUACAAUACAGGGUGGCUGCCAUCGACAGGAUUUAAUGCCACACAAUACAGGGUGGCUGUCCCUGACAGGUUUUAUUGGUAUACAAUACAGGGUGGCUUCCCCUAACAGGUUUUAUUGGUAUACAAUACAGGGUGGCUGUCCCUGACAGGUUUUAUUGGUAUACAAUACAGGGUGGCUUCCCCUAACAGGUUUUAUUGGUAUACAAUACAGGGUGGCUGCCAUCGACAGGUUUUAUUGGUAUACAAUACAAGGUGGCUGCCCCUAACAGGUUUUAUUGGUAUACAAUACAGGGUGGCUGCCCCUAACAGGUUUUAUUAGUAUACAAUACAGGGUGGCUGCCAUCGACAGGUUAAAUUGAUAUAAAAAAAGUACAUUCAUUAUCUGAUUUACAUUUGUCACCUUAUUUAUCUGUGUUUGUUGUCAUCAUAUAACAUCUGUUUUCAAUUUAUCAACUUUAUUAUCUCUUACAAAUGUUAUAGAUUAUUUUCUAAUAAAAAUUCAUCCUAUUAUGUA